AUGCCGAGUGCUUUAGGCAGUAGUCGAAAAACGCAGUAAGUAAUUUUUUAUUUCAAACGAAAUUGUGGGUUGCGUGUCAAAUAAGUGGGUGUGAAAUUUUAACUUGUUUAAUGCACGCCGCCGUUCAAAAUGUAAAAUUUUAAAUAAUAGCGAUUGUGUUAAAUUUUAUCUAAGUUGUAAUUGGUCUUAAAUGCUUACGCUACCGAAUUUAUUUUAGCCCUUUUUAAAAUAUCAUAUUUUUUAACUUCUCAUGCUUGUAUCGCAUUCGCUUGGUAGUUCAACUUGAUUGUAGCACAUUUUGGAGAAGAAAAACCGAUGAUUGCUCGCGCAUUAGCUACAUACUCGGAGGCUAUAAGAUAUGCUCUAUCAAUGGGUCUUUUAAAUGUGAAUUUUUAGAAGUCGUUGAUGUUGAGCGGUCGAUUUAGAACAAAGACAUGCGUCGUUUAAAAAUAAUAUUGUAUUUGCUUUGCUCUUCAAAAUGUCUUCACCUUUCAACUGAUAGAAUAAAGUUAUCAAAUGAUUUUCAUAACAUUAUUUUUGUUAUAUACAUUUUUAGACACAAUACGAUUUAUAGAAAUCAGGUUGCGGUGCAGGUCUUUACCAUAAAAAUACCAAAUACAGCAUGUGUCAAUAUUCAAAACCCACUGUUACAAGUCGGAGCUCUUGAAAACCAUAACAUAGAAAUGAUAGGCGGCAGACAAAUAUGUCAAACAUUCAUCGCUUUUGCCAAUAUCCCCGGGCGUUCUGACAUUAAGGAGCUCACUGCGGAGGAAGGAAACAUUGAUGGAAACCUGCUUGGUAAGAGAUUUUGCUAUCUCAAAGUUAUCGGUUAUCAAAAAGUGGUGGUCUUUUAUAUAGGGUUUGAUUUUAAAGCUUUCGUUUGUGUUCUUGAAAUUGCAUGACGCCUCGUUGAGACAUUUUUAAUUUGAUAUAUCGAGUUUAAUAAAUCAUAUUUUCAGUAAAACAUUCGGUUGUUUACGAUAUUCAUGAAGGUUAUUCUAUUGUAGCCUGGUAACAUCAAAAUACAAGGUUAUACUCAAUAUGCAGACAUUUCGUUCAAAAGAACGCCGAAAAAUAUGGUAAAAGGUUUUGAGGGAAAAAAUUCUGAUUUCUUGGACAAAAGCCACAUUUGAAAGAAACCCCAUCGCGGCUCAUGUAUUGCCCCAUGUAAGACAGGCUCGAGAAGGUUACAAAUUUGAUUCCCAACGCUGAAAAAUUAAUGUCGAAGAGUUGAGAACCAACUUUGCAUAACAAUAACGCCUGGCGAAAUUCCCGUUCGUCGACUUAAAGUAGAUUUCAGGGUGAUAGUUCACAAAGAUCGCAUUUAAGGCUGUCGGUAUUUAUCUAUCUUUUGUAGAAAGCAUCUGCACUUUACCUGAGACACCGCCGAGGUGAUUUUCAAAUCUGGAUUGUUUGCUUUUUAGCCAACCUCCAGUGGAGUGACAAACUUAUUAAAACUUAUGCUUACCCAUAAUUCAAACAUCACGUUUCAUCUUCGCCGCCAGAGAAAAUUACCAUUUCUAUUUUCCAAAUUUUGAAUUUCACUCAUAAGGGUUUUUAUCAGUUCAAAUAUAGGAGCAUAUCUAAUAACGUUUGUAAUAAUAAAGACACUGAGUUAUGAGAUCUUUAUGUAGUUUAAAAGCGCGCCCAGAACGGAGUAAUUACUGUAUUUUAGUUAUUCUGAUUGCGACAGAUGCUUCUUUGCAAAUUGUUUAAGCUUUAUCUUCUUUAUAUCUUCAGUUACGUUUUCAGAGGCUAGGAUAUAUCGAUGUUCGUGCGCAAAUCAAUUUUUUUCGCGCCGUCCCAAUAAUUGUGGUGCUCAAAAUGUAUCGACAAUUGUCAUACCGUAUAGACAUACUCUGUACUGAAAAAAGCGAUUAAUUCCAAGUUAAGAAAAGCAAUGCCUUAUAAAUAUUUAAAGAUUUACUAUACCCCCGGGCAACUACGAAAAGGAAAAGUUACUCAUUUUUUGGACUGUACCAAGGUGUCGCGAAAGUCACUUACAAAAUGUAAGUAUAGAGCUCAAUCUUGUCUAUUUUAAUCUGCACAAAAGAUGGCGAAAUAUAACUGUUACUUUCCUUUUUAAGGAUAGGCGUAGAUAACAAUUGAUAAGAGUUUGAACAAGAUUAGUGGGCUCGAUCAAUUCAUCGCCAAAUGAGGGCAAUCGACGAAAUGUUUUUUUCUUCGAAGAUUCCAGCACAAGCUCUCUUUUUUGUACAAGCAGAAGGGAUACAUACACUUUCAUAACAAAUCGAUUUGAUAAGCGUCUGUGGAUUGUUAAAUUUCAUUUUUUUUAUGCAUAUUUCUCCAUUUCCUUCGAAAUAAUUUUCAGUUCUACUUCUUUACUAGGAAAGAUCUCGCCACCUCCACCGUUUUCUGCGUGAACUAGUUUUCAACUUUUUGUUGCAAAAACCUCAGUAUCGUGUUAAAAGCACCUUUCAAUUUUUUUGUCUUUCAUUCUAAUUCUUAGUGCGAAAUAAUUAUUUUUCCCAACGGACAUUUCAUCAUUUUUGGCAAGAAAUUAGGUAAAACGUCCAAUUGACGAGAUCUUAUGGAGUGAUAUUUCCAUUUCUAUAACUGCCAUUUUCAAACACGUUGUUUAUCUUACUUAGGUCAGCGGAUGAUAUCCGACGCGCCUUGAGUGGUAGACUGAGCACUACAACAAACCUUGGAGGUAUGACGAAUAAGGGAGUAUCCCCCGGGAUGGAACUACUUAUCCCAAGCUCCACGCUGGAGAGAGCACCGUCUUCAACUGGGGGACUAAGUUCCAAGAGCUCAAGAGAAGUGUUAACCAAUUCACUGAGAAAAUUGACCAAUCAGAUAACAGAAUUCAAGAGAAGCUUUACUCAGGAGCAACAUCAUUGCAAUCAUCGUCACGGGAGAACGCCGGAAGAUAGAGACGGAUGGAAAAAUAGGACUGAGUUCAUCUUGAUGUUGAUUGGUUACACGGUCGGACUUGGGAAUGUUUGGAGGUUUCCUUACUUAUGCCAAAAGAAUGGUGGAGGUGAGACAUGUUAUCUAAAAAAAAAAAUCACUAUUUUCCAAGGGUCUAGGUCUAGAAUUUGUUUCACAUGAUCGAUUUUUUCUCAUACCUUGUGACCUCUUGGUCUUGAAUUGGCGUAGAAAAUAUCUUUUAGUUGUCAAAUAUGCAACCCAACUGGUAGACCUAUGAUUUUUGUAAAGUCAGUGUAAAUACAGAUUUAAUGCAAAAAAAUGUAAGAUUGAAGAGGUCGCGGACGUUCAAAUUGUAAGGAGAUAAACUGAUCGAAGAAGUAUUCAUGGAAACUGUUUUAUCUUCGACUUCUUAAAAGUAUUCAUUAGAGACAAUUAAAAGACACGAUGAUGGUUUUCUAAAGAACAGAGUCGCGUCCACCAGCGACUGAAAGGUUUCACGAUGAAAAUAGGGUAAGGUGUCUUUAAUCAGUGUUUUGAGAAUUGAAUUUUUGAUCUGAUUUUUUAUUAGGACAUUGGUAAUCAUGUUUUAGUUCAUUAUAGUGUUAUGCUUUUAAUUUUACCAUAACCUGAAGAAAGCAGUUUUUGCGUCCAUCGUUAUUUAUACCUUUAUUUCUCCUUAGCGUCUUUCCUUAUUCCAUAUGGAAUCAUGCUUGCCUUAGAGGGCAUACCAUUGUAUUACUUGGAACUCUGCAUUGGUCAGCGGAUGCGGAAAGGCUCAAUAGGAGUAUGGAACGAAAUCUCGCCCUACCUUGGGGGACUAGGGCUGGCCUCUAUAGUAGUAUGCUUUUUAGUAUCACUCUAUUACAAUGUCAUCAUUGCAUGGUGCGUUUUUUACUUCUUCAAGUCGUUUCAAAAUCCUUUACCUUGGACAUCAUGUCCACUCGAACCAGUGACUGUCGGUAAUGUCACGACAAUGGAGCCUGUGCACGAGUGUAAAAUAACCUCACCAACUGAGUAUUUUUGGUAUCGAACUACAUUGGGAAUGUCUUCAAGCAUUGAGGAAGGCGGCGGUAUGAAUUGGAAGCUUUGCGCAUGUCUAGUUGGAAUUUGGUUGGUGAUUUGGCUAUGUAUGAUGAAGGGAAUCAAAAUUACUGGAAAGGUAAAUAGAGCCUUAGUUAAUUUCAAUGUCGAAUAUAAUGUUGCAAUGAAAACCAAGAUUUCUAUCCAAUGCAGCGCACUGAUAGGCAUAGCUGGAGAGGAUAUUCUUGUAAUCUAACGGGAUAUCGUAUUGGUGCAAAGUGUUUAGGUUAAAAUUGCGAUUUUAGAACUGACGAUGUGUUUCACAAAAAUUGAGUUCGAGGCAUCUUUGGGAUGUGCGUAAUACUUGAUUUAGGACUAACAAACUUACCUAAAUGAUUUCUUGAUUCAACUCCUCGUCAGAUAAGGAAUUCACUUUUCAGUAAUAACGUUAGACUUGAGAUCGCAAUGACGUCUCUUCAGUUCCUCCAAGAUCAAGGAUUUCCAACCCAGUAUGUUUCUCUUUUGUCUUUAUUGCAGAUUGUAUACAUGACUGCCACCUUGCCCCUGAUCCUGUUGAUAAUAUUUUUCUUCCGCGGAGUUCAUCUCAAGGGAUAUCAAGAAGGAUUAGCCUUACUUUUUAUUCCGGAGGUUAGCAAAUCUGUCGAAGGGCUAACGCUCGAAAUGUCAGCUUCGAAACUCUUUACGAUGGCCAAUUUACGUUAUCAACUCAGUUGAACCAGUCAGUCAGAGUCACCUAGUCUGUCAGUCAGUCAGUCCACCAGUUAAUCAGUCAGUUACAUCAGUAGGUAACUAGAAAAAAGUCCGUCCAUAAAAAAACCAAACUCUUAGUCAGUACAUCACUUAGCCAAUUGAUCAAUCUGCAAAGGGCUCACGCUCGAAACGUCAGCUUAGAAACUCUUUACAGUGACCAAUUUCCAUCAUCAACUCAAUUGAUAAAUCCAAAUAAUCUUGUAACACGCCACAUCAAUGCAGUACCACCUUUUUUUUUUUAGAAAGUAAUCCCCUUCCUUUAGUCAGUGUAUUAUAGUCAAAUAAUCAGUGAGUCAGUCUGUAAGGUAAAUGGCAUAUUACUAAAACACUAGUCUGAGGUUUCUUCUGCAUUUUUUUCACUAGUUUGACCGGCUAAAAGAUCCUCUGGUAUGGUUGGAUGCCGCUGUACAGAUCUUUUACUCGCUGGGUGUGGCUUAUGGAUCCUUGAUAGCCUUUUCCAGUUACAUGCCGAUCAAGAACGAUUCGACAAGAGACGCAAUCACAGUUUGCCUUAUCAACUGUGCAACGUCCAUUUACGCCAGUGUUGUUGUCUUUUGCUUUAUUGGUUUUCAGGUAUUUUUAGCGAUUUUUAAUAUUUAGUUUCGCGGUAUUGGUGCAUAUUUUUAUUAGGCCUUUACGCUCAUGCAUCAGUAUGCAUAUUCUCCAUACUGUUCUCGAUACAUUUCCUAAGGUGCUAAGCAGGUGAAUUUGUUUAACAAUCAAGGCUUGUUUAGUUGGUGAUCAUUUUCUUUCUUCUCGUGACCUCAAUGUUUGACUAAGGCCGGGGUGAUACAGCAAGAGGAAAGUAGAUGCCAGUCACCCUCUUCCCUGUUCGAAAGGAGACAUCGUGCCAAUAAAAUGUUUUACCGACCAAUAAAACACAAUGACUCUUACGAGAGGAGCGCGAACCCGCCUUUGCCACGACGACGAGCCGACCAUCUCUGAAGGGCACAAUUUGUAUAUUCCAGGAGCUUUUAUCCCCUAUUUUACUCUGUUCCUUUGUUAAAUCUUACUCUUCUGGCAGAUAAGCAUCUGUGUUCUCAUUACCUGUUUGUUUGCGGAUAUAACAAAAAUGUAAGGAAAAAUCACAUUCCCAUCACUAUUGAGAAUUGAGGUUUCAUCAAGUCUGUACUAUAUUUUUCAGGCUGAAGACAGAAUGGAGCAUUGUCUAGAAGAUCAAGCUAAACAGGCUAUGCGCCUGUUGAAUGGUACAGGUGUCAGCGGUGCGGAAACGCUGGACCAAGCAACAUACAACGAACAUCUUCAAAGAGCCUCGAUUUUCUUCAAUGAAACGCUUAUUACGUGCGUCAAAUCAAAGUUUUUAACGGUUAGUUGUUGACCAAAGAAAGCGUAUGCCUUAUGGUCAUCUUACAAGGACAGUUUUAACUGUAUUCACGGUAUGGCACAUUCCCUGACGGGUGGGCAGUGGAGGUACACCUUAAAUAGGCCAUACAUGUUCAACGUUUAUUUGUAAAUACAUGAAAGUGUUUAUAUUUCCCUAUUUCGAAAUUUUUCCCUAUUUGUAUUUCGCUUAUUGCUUUUAAAAUUCACUACGAGCCUUGCGCUUAACCUCAUCCAAUAUAUAUUCAUCCAAUAUAUAUUGUUAUACAGGAUAUAGAGCUACCAUUCUUGUGGAAUUGGAGCAAGUUUUUCAAGUCCCUACAUAGACACUUGAAAAACCUGGCCUCCACUAGUUUCGCCAAACUAGAAUCACCUACGGUCCAAUAUGGGCCCCAUGCUUACGUUACCACUGCUCGGCCUAAAUUUUCUCGAUAGUCUUAUUCUGGGUGUCUAUUAUUAACCUACUUUGUGGGAGCGUGGUCUCUCGGUUGCGAUUUACGCUGUUCCGAUUAAAAGAUUCUAUUUGACUUUUUUAGAUCCCAUCUGGCCAAGGAUUAGCCUUUAUAGUAUUCACAGACGCGAUCAACAAGAUGCCUUUCGCGCAACUCUGGGCGGUCAUGUUUUUCCUCAUGCUGAUUACGGUUGGACUUGAUACGGAGUUUGGAAUGUUAGAAGGCGUGGUCACACCUGUGGUUGAUAUGAAAUUAUUUCCGAAACUGAAGAAGGAAUAUAUAUCAGGUAAAUUAAGCGAUCGAACAAGCAUAGAAGAUAAAUUGCGAUUUCUGUUUCGAUUUCUAUUCGUAUUUGCAUUUGUUCAUACACAAGACAGGAUGAGGUGGGAGAAGUUGAUUCGUGAAAAAUUUUUGAAACUAUUUCGUGCCACGCUGUGAAGAUAUUUAGUCCACUGCACUAGUCUUGACUUCUCUCGUUAAGUUUCCGUCUGGUAAGAGUAUCAGCCGAAAGAGUUGGGUAUUGCCCUCGGGCGAAAGUGUCACUUGAUUUCUAGUAGGAUUAUGUAUUUUUUUCCUUUUUUUACCUAAAGGAAUUCUUUGUCUGGUGUCCUGUCUGAUGGGUCUGCCUUUGGUUCAGUAUUCAGGAGAGUACUGGGUUCAACUUAUCGUCGCUUAUUGUUCUGGUAUUCCUUUACUGAUUAUCGCCUUAGUGGAAUGCAUCGCUAUUUGCUACAUCUACGGUAUUGACAGGUAAAGCAGAAAAAUGUUCUUGCUUUAGCAAGUAUCAAUCUACCAGUCAUUUUCUUUGAGACGUUAAGUCUAAUGACUGAAUGCUUGUUCGUAAUAUAAACAGGAGUUAUAAUGGUAAUUGGACUGAGUGGAGUCCGAAUGGAGUUUUUGACCAAUCGCAGUUCCGCUUCGCGGUCAUCGAUUUUUUUAUCACUCUUAUGAUUACGGACCAAAAUGGACGACAUGACGUCCUGCUUCCAAUUGAUCAUAACCAUUACAAUUUCCGAGAAGAACAAAACAAUUUAUUGGAAAAAAUAUAUCCGCUAGAGAUAUUUUCUAAACUAAUAAAAUACCCCAAAUUUUGAAAUUCCCCAGUUCUGUUGCGUAAUCGGUUGUUGCUAUGGAAAUUGUUAUCGAUUCUGUGUUUGGUGGACUUGGUAUGAUUGGCUGCUUCAACUGUCUGAUUACAGGUAUCUGAUUACAGCCCGACUAUCCAAUCACACUAUCCGAACUGAGGAAUUUUUUUACUUUAUACGUUGUCUCUAGAUUUUGUGAUGACAUAAAGUACAUGACGAAUAAACCUCCACGUUUUAUUUGGAAAUGGUGUUGGAAAAUCAUCUCUCCGGUCACCAUUUUCCUUGUGCUUUCCAUGAGCAUCAAGAGCAUGUCGGAGACUACACCGCAGUACUCAGUCUGGGACGCCAGUAAGGUACUAGUCUUACCAUAUAAACUUAGUCAUUUCCAACGUUACAAGCCCUAUUACCAAAGGAAUGAAACAUAUUUUAAAGCACACUUGGAUUAUUUUUCGUAUGACCCUCACCAAAGUAAUGACAAAUGCCCGUCAGACCCACAAGGGGUCACAGAUCUCAAAGCGAAAGUAAGUACACGGCCUUAAAAGAUCGCGAAAGACCUUGGUCACAAUAGUUAGUUUUGAUCUUACACCUGAUGGGUUUAGGAAGUGGUGUGAGUUUUCUACACUGUCACUGAUGAUCUUUUCAUUCAAAUUUCUAAAGUUUGAAUCUUCAUUAUGCUGAAGUGUUUUUUUUGUUUUUUAUUUGUUUUUUUUUUUGUAGGGUAAAGUUGUUUGGACUACGUAUCCUCCAUGGGCGAAAUUCCUGGCCAUAAUGAUCACUCUCGUGUCAAUAAUAUUUAUCCCUGGAGUGGCAUUGUUACGCUACUUCCGAGUUAUCGGAAUGGGAACACCUGAGCUUCCCACGGUGAUACUGGACGCUGAUGUUGACACUGACCUGAAUUCUUCGGAAUUGCAACCACUUCACAACGGCAAGCCAACGAAGAACAAGAAAAGGAGAAAGCUCAGUCGUGCCAGAAGAAAGUUCAUGCUUGAAGAGAAAGAAACAGAAAGAACGGAAGGGAACAAAAAUGGUCCUUUAAACAGAGUUAUCACUGCUAAUGGUCAGACAUAUCAGCUUGUGAACCAGCACAACGGCGCGGCUAUGUUUAUCUAGCAUUAUGUUCAGAAUACUUAUAGCAUGCACUUUAACUUAACACGAGACGAUUUUCGGCCUCUGGGCUACUUUAGAAACGCCAGUUAACGUAUUUAUACUUUUAUUUCUACGUUAAAGGGUUUCUAAUGGUCAAUGUCGGGCAUAGCCAGUGAAUGAAUAACCCUGACAGAGACGUAUUCCUCGAGAACACGGGUAUGUCCUUCCCUUGCUGUGGGGGCAAGGUGGAAUUCCAGAGUAUCACUCUUUCUGUCUCGUAGUUCAAUACUGGAACAUUUAUAUUGUAACAGCCGGAAUUUUCGAAAUGAAAUAUACCGUAAAUUUCAGUGAAAUAGUUUUUAUAGAAAUUUGCUGAAAUUAAUUCAGAAUGCUGAUCACUUUUGCAGUAGUAACUCUGUAUAGUAUGUCCGCAAACACAACUCACCCUGGAAAAAAAUCUAGGGAAAAUCACCCAAAGUAGUGAACUGGAGCACCAGAUUUUUCUUUGAUUAGUGGAGCAUACAAGCAACACCAUGUUGACUGGUUAGGUUUUGUAACAGUCGUUUACAAAUUAUUACUUGAAAUCCUGGCUUCGGCUAAGAGUAGAAACCAUAAUAAUAGUUUCGCAUAUUUAAUCAUUUUUAUUCAAUAUGGCUCACUGUAUGGGUUAUUUACACCAAUUUUGAACUUAGUAAUAUGGUGUUUUGUAUUUAUUUGUCUCAUUUCCUAAUGUUCAGUUUUCUAACUCCUAGCUUUGAAGGAAGUGGGGUUUUAGAUCGACUUAGGGGCUUUCAGUUGACAAUCAAGAAGCUGGAAUCAAAGCUGGAGUCAGAAACUAGAACUCCAAUCAGUCAUGAAUAUCAUAAUUACAGUAAUUGACAAUCGUAAAUUUCACUCGUUGAGCAAUAAACGCAGGCG